UUCCACCACAUGGUCCCUGGUAGCAGCUUUUGCUCCCCGCAGGCCUGCACCCGAUGAUCCCUCGUUGUUAUUCGAAGAAUCCGUCUAGCCUUAUCGCAGUUAUCCUCCCAUUGCUCUGAACCCCAAUCCCAUCGCCGCUGAGGACCGUUGUUCCUCCCCGAAAAUGAAGCACGUGCGCCGCCUCGUUCCUCCGACGAGGGCCCUUCGUCAGAUCCUCCUCACUUCUCAGCCUACCUUUCGUCCAGCAUUCUUCCGACUUGGACCCAGCCUCAAUGAAGUCCCCUUUCGAUCGUACAGUCCGACGUGCAGCUUGCUCAGAUAUCGUGCAAAAUCCAAUCCCCCUGCACUGCCGCAAUAUACCCUAGAUGAAGAUAUCGGGGCGCAAUACGUUCAGCUAGUGAACGAAAACAACAGCCUUGAUCCCCCAAUAAGUCUUCGCGAGGUCCUGCGAUCCAUCGAUCGCGCGGACUAUUGUGUGCAGCAGGUGUCGCCUGGUAAGAACGGGGUGUCCAUCUGCAAAAUCAUGAAUAAAUUCGAAUUGCGGGAACAGGCCAAGGAGAAAGCGAAACCUCCCCGAGAUGGCCUUAAACAGCUGGAGCUGAACUGGGCGAUCGAUAGCCAUGAUCUGUCUCAUCGCAUGAAGCAGCUCACGACGUUCCUCGAGAAAGGUCGGAAGGUGGAGGUGAUUUUGACGAAAAAGAAACGCAAGAGAGCUCCUACCGUGGAGGAAGUUAAGACUUUGAUGGACCGGGUGAUGGACACUGUUCGGGAGGCCAAGGCCGUACCGGUGAGGCCCAUGGAAGGGGAGCCGGGCAGACAUGUGGUUUUAGUGGUGAAAAAAGAUAGUAACUGAGGACUGUGCAUCAAGGUGGAUCGGAGUUUAAUGUGUAUACUAUUGAGGAUUGGAAUUGUGGGUUCUUUGCAUGUAUAUAACGAAGUAUCAGUGCUUGGAAAGGAUCGAGCAGGCUUUCCAGCAAUCUCAGAAAUAUCUCUCUGCUCGGUAGCUGACUGGAUGAUGGCCAUAUGACGGGUAUGAUUUGCCAUGCUCCGGCUCAGGCUCCGGGUAUGGCAUCCAUCUUGAGCUAUCUAUGCUAUGGUUGAGCGGGAGAGGACGACCUCAUAUCGAAGUCAUGUGCACGCCCCACCCGGUGGAAAAUAUUGAAUGUACCAUAAUAUCAUUGUUGCAACAUCAUCUCGGUUCCCCGACUUG